UGCUUGUGGUACUGAUAGGAAUGGGGGGGAGGUUGGACCAGAUGAUCUUGCAGGUCGUUUCCAACCUUGUGGGCGUCAGCAGCGCCCUUCUUGGAGAAUGACUUCAAAGUACGACGUGCCUGGAGGAGUUGUGCACCUUCUGAAAAGAACCGGUUUCUUGGUACUGCCUCAGUAGCAGUCGACACCCAACUGUUCACCACAGGGGCACUGCCACGAGGAACCAGACCUCCUUUCUGAGCAGGAUUUCUGCCCGUUGGCACUAGGGGAGUAAUUCCCAGCCUGGCCCCUGGGCAUGGUGAGCGUGAGGCUGCUGCUCUGUCAGUCUCUGAUACCUCCUGUUCUACAGCAUGGCAGUGCUGUUUCUGUACCUCGUGCUCUGGCUCUUUGCUGGCUUGGCCCAGUCCUUCUGACCUGCACUGCCUCUAUUGUUUUGUUGUGCUCAGUCACUGCUAUCCUAGACCUUAUCCUUCUUUAACUCUAUUUUGGCACAAUUCACCACAGUCUUUCUGCCCUUUGUUCUUGCCCUGCUUCAACCCUGCUGAGCUGAGACUCCUUACUGCCCAGUUGGGGCUGUCUGCUCUGCUGCUGCCCUGGACUGCCCAGCCUGGCACCGUGAUGCUCGUGUUUCCUUUCUUGUCUGCCUGUUCUCUGAACAGCUGCUUCUAACUGCAUGGCUGGGUGUGAGCUCACACCUGUGAGUGCUGUGGGUGCACAUUUGUUGUGCUGUAAUGCUUCUGCCCUUCAUCACCUGCAGUGGAGGGCUGUUAAAACAAAGUCAUGCUCUCGUAUGUUCCUUUCCAAGGAGCGGCCUUUUCCUCCUCAGGCCCAUCGAUUCUGGACCUUAUUGUGAACAUGCAGCUACUGAAGCUGCCUGACUGUACCCUGAGUCUGUGGGGUCAGUCAUUCUCCUGUCUGCAGCACUGACAGCCUGUCAGGGUAGCCAGUAGUUCCUGUGGAAAUGCCAGGAAGGUCGAGAGCCUUUAGAGGUACUUUUUUGAAGCAUGAAAGCAGGCUGGUUGGUCAGCAGCUCCCAGACUGGGCUGCUUUCCCCAGAGUUACUGGAGAUGUCCUAUGGCAGAAAUAGAACCGAGAGCAUUCAUGUGAGAUUCAUGAGCAUCCCCAUCUUCUUGGUUAGACCAGGCCUAUUCCAGGGAUGUCUUCCAAACUUUACCAUGUUGUGAUUCUUACCACGUAAGCCUCAACAUGUCGACACAUUACAGGGAAGUAUACUUCACCUCAUCUCCAACCUGCUCAGUCACAAGCUGGCUACAGACUGACAGCUGAACAGCUUACAAGCUAUCCAGGUGUGGUGCAGUGCCUGGGCAGAAGUACCUUACAGGCAACAUGGAUGUGCAGGGAGGGCUUUAGUCACUGUCAGUUGCAUCCUUCCUUUCAAGUUGUGCUGCUUAUGAAGUAUCACAUGGGUUGGUCUGUUCUAGAAAGCUUUUAUUUAUAUUGUAUACUUCUUUUCUAUCACUCAGUAUUUUGUUUUCUCUUUUCAGAGCUGGAUCCAAAUGUGUCCUCCACCUGCUGUCUCAGAGCUACUCCUGCUUCAGGUCAAUUAGAAUGUCUGCUGCUCAUUCAUCAUGAUACAAUAUCUGGAUUCCUGCCCCGUCCUGCUGUGGAUAAGGUUGUUGCUCCCUCUUGGUCUGCACACAUGUGACUGUAGGUGUUCGCCGUCUGCCUAGUCUGGCACAGGCUUCCCUGGUGCUGUUGUUGGAAGGUCAUCUCCACGCGACCUGGGAUGCCAUCAGGAGCUCGAAUGCCCCACCAGGGGGCUCCCAUGGGUCCCCCAGGCCCUCCAUAUGUUGGAAGCCCCUCGGUGAGACCUGGAAUGCCCCAGACUGUGAUGGAAACAACGAGAAAACGUACUGCACCACAGCAGGUCCAACAGCAGCAGGUGCAGCAGCAAGUGCAGCAGCAGCAGCAAGCUACUCAGAACCGAACCAGGAGUGCCAAGAGGAGGAAGAUGGCUGACAAAAUUCUCCCUCAGAGGAUCCGGGAGCUGGUUCCUGAGUCCCAGGCCUACAUGGAUCUGUUGGCUUUUGAACGCAAACUGGACCAGACCAUUAUGCGGAAGCGCGUGGAUAUUCAGGAAGCGCUGAAGAGGCCAAUGAAGCAAAAGCGGAAGCUGAGACUUUAUAUCUCCAACACAUUUAAUCCUGCAAAAUCUGACGCUGAUGACUCCGACGGCAGCAUCGCAUCGUGGGAGCUUCGAGUGGAGGGGAAGCUCCUGGAUGACCUCAGCAAACAGAAACGGAAGUUUUCAUCUUUUUUUAAGAGUUUAGUCAUUGAACUGGACAAAGAUCUCUACGGACCUGACAACCAUCUUGUGGAGUGGCACAGAACUCCCACAACUCAGGAGACUGAUGGCUUCCAGGUGAAAAGACCUGGUGAUGUCAGUGUGCGGUGCACGCUACUCCUCAUGUUGGAUUACCAGCCUCCGCAGUUCAAACUGGACCCACGGCUGGCCCGUUUGCUGGGGAUACACACGCAGACCCGAUCAGCUAUCAUCCAGGCUCUGUGGCAGUACAUCAAAACAAAUAAGCUGCAAGAUUCCCAUGAUAAGGAAUACAUUAACUGUGACAAGUACUUCCAGCAGAUUUUUGACUGCCCACGGCUAAAGUUUUCUGAAAUCCCUCAGAGACUGACUAACUUGCUGCUGCCACCAGAUCCUAUCGUAAUAAACCAUAUCAUCAGUGUUGACCCCAAUGAUCAGAAGAAGACGGCUUGUUAUGACAUAGAUGUAGAAGUUGAAGACCCAUUAAAGGGACAGAUGAGUAGUUUUCUUCUCUCAACAGCUAACCAACAGGAGAUUACAGCAUUGGACAACAAGAUUCAUGAGACAAUCGAAUCCAUAAAUCAGCUAAAAAUACAACGUGACUUCAUGCUGAGUUUCUCCAAAGAUCCCAAAGGAUACAUCCAAGACCUUCUCCGGUCCCAAAGUAGGGAUCUUAAGGUGAUGACUGAUGUAGUUGGAAAUCCAGAAGAAGAGCGCAGAGCUGAAUUUUAUCAUGAGCCAUGGUCUCAAGAGGCUGUGAGCAGAUAUUUCUACUGCAAGAUUCAGCAGCGCCGACAGGAACUGGAACAGUCUCUGGGAGUGCGCAACACAUAAGCAUUGCUCAAAACAUCACAUUGGCAUCAUGACCACAGAACAAGUGGACUCCCCAGUGUUACUUAGCUCACUGUUACACAUGGACCUGCUUCCUGACUGGCUGGGAAUGUACCAUCAACAAACCAGCCAGAACGCCAGCUUUAGAGUGACCCUUGAAAACAGCGCCCAUGGGAGGUGUCUCAAAUCAUUCCAGGCCAUAGAUAGCAGAAGAUUGCCAUGCUUUGUACAGGUGUCAGUGCUAAAGAAGAUUAAAGAUUAAUUCAUCGACUUGCAUCAUUGAGUUCUAGUGGAAAGUUCAGACGCUACGCAGCAAAUCCUUAUGGGUUAUGCAUAGAAUCACGGAUGGUAUUGAUGGGAGAAAUUGAGUUGAGUGUUAUGAAAGACUACAGGUUUAGAGAAAUAAAGGUAACUCUCAUCCUGUGUUACCUAAGAGUCUCAAAUAGUAACUUCUCUGGAAUGAGAACAGAUAGUCUGAUAGUUGUGGAAUGCUUUAUAUUCCUGAAUAGAACUUUCAUUACAGUGCAAGGAGCCAUCAUGCUGUGUAAAAUAAUAAACUAGGAGAGUUUUCAUUCCUGA